AUUACUAUUUUUUUUCCUUAAUAAUUGAAUACAAAUUUAUUGAUACUACAAUUAUGAUUUAUUUCGUAAUUUCUUUACGACGAACUAGAGUGACGUGCAAUUUCUUUCGUUCCAGAUAGAAUGAGUUGGCCCGAAGAUUUAGCUUCGACGAGUGAUGAACGAUUUUGUGAAAAUGUCUUCGAAUUGCCUUCAGUGUCGCCAACAUUGCCUUACUUUCAGAUGAAUUUUCAGAGUUCUUGUUUUUCUGGAAAUAUAGAGUCUUCGUGGAAUCACAGAUGGCUAUGGAAUAACUUAUCAAAUCUCUGUAAUAUAUCAACGUCGGUUCAUGCCUCGAACGAUACUAAUUUCACUCCACCUUACAACGUACAACUUGAACCACCCGACACGAACGAAAAUAAUCGAACCAACAGAACGGGGCAUUAUUCUCACCGAAAUGUCAACGUUAAUGAAAAUGGAGUAAUUAAACAGUCAAGUAAAAAGGAUUGUUUGAACUUUAUGGAGGAAUCUGGUGAUUGUAAUUGUGAAAAGACUCAAGAUCGUCAAAUCACCACGACAUUCCACACGUGGGAGGUUCCAUAUUGUCAGAACUCGGAACAAAAUGGUGAAAAUGAAAUGGACUAUCUUUCGAGACUCAAAACUACGAGUAUCGCUUCGCCCAUGAAAGAAACUCGCUCUGCAUCGAAAGAAUUUGAGACAAGAAGAUCGGUUCGUGAUAAACCUCGGAAAGAAAGGACAGCGUUUACAGAGCAACAAAUUGGACAUCUCGAGUACGAAUUCGCACACAGCAAUUACCUCACGCUAUUACGUCGUUACGAAAUAGCAGUUGCAUUAGAUAUAACAGAACGUCAGGUUAAAGUGUGGUUUCAGAAUAGACGAAUGAAGUGGAAGCGGAUGAAAGGUGGCUCAGGAAAUGGAAAAGAUAAGCUCGAAAUUUCAUGACAAAUUACUUUAAUGUUAAAUAUUUUAUACAAAGAGUUU